AUGACUGAUGCAGGCGAUGUUGGUAGAAGCAGCCAGGACCAUAAUCAACAUGUCCAAUUUGAAAGCCAAAAAUGGGAUGCUGAAACGAAGACAAAGCUUGUCACCGGUAUUAUUCAGCUUGUGUUGUAUCAUCGGCAUCAGAUUCCUGCACCUAUUGAAUUGUUAGCUCGUGAAAAGCCAGUCGUUGAUAAAGACAAGGACGAUAAACGAGGCUUGCCUAAUCAAUCAGCCAAACCUUUGCUCAAUUUGUUGACAGCCUUGGAGGAAUUGAGUUUACAUCUUAGUCCAAUAUUCGAUUCUAAUGUUAUACAGGAAAUGUUAGUCUUGCUUGGUCCAACAAUCUUUAGCCCUAAAUGUGUUUAUCGUAUCAAUUUUGAUUGUAGGGAGGAUCAGAUUGUUUUAAAUUUACCAUUUCCCAAGCCAGAAGUCAUUUCACGUCAGUUAAUGUUGAAAUUAUCGACUCAUGAAGAUUUUUCAAUGUGCAAAUCAUUUCCUGUCACCAAUUUAUUUCUAUUUAUCAAGCUACCUCGUUAUACCAACAUCCCAUGGCUAUUACCGAGGCAAGAUUUUAAACUACGAUCGCAAUUAAAGCCCUUCAUUAUUGAUAUAGUCUUACAUCCGGACUUGCAAAAGCCAGAAAAGAAUACAGCUGAUGCGAAAGUAACGGACAAGAAUGAUAUGAUUUGGUUUCAGGUUCCGACUAUUAGCAUAAUAAUUAGCAAUGUUUGGAUUGCAUUGCAACGACACGAGAUUUAA